AUGAUACCUUCAACAUUAUCGACAAUAACAACAACAAUAUCGUAUCAAAAUAAAAACCUUGAAGAUCUUAUUAAAAAAUAUGCAAUGUAUUCAGACAUAAAUUUAAAUCAACAAAAUUUAACUGAUCAAAACAUGGAUAUUAUUGUACAACAAGCAAUCAUCAAUAAACAAUGUAAAAAACUUUCAUUAGAAAAUAAUAUAAUAACAUCACAAGGUGCAAUAACAAUUGCUAAUAGUCUGAAUAAUAAUAUAACAUUAGAAGCAUUAAUGCUCUAUCACAAUAAUUUAUCUGAUUUAGGAGUGCGUCAUUUAUCUAAAGUUUUAUCAACAAAUAAUUCUAAUUUAAAAAUACUUGGUAUUGGUUCUAAUAAUAUUACAGACAAUGGUAUACAAUAUCUUGCUCAAAUGCUCAAAAAAAAUCAAUCAUUGAUUGUAUUAGGACUUGUUUUUAAUGAAAUUACUGAUCAAGGUGUUCGAUUAUUAACUGAUGUACUCACUCAUGGUAAUCAAACUCUUCAAGUUUUACAUCUUUCUAAAAAUAAAUCAAUAAGUAAUUCAAGUUUUGAAUCUCUUAAUUACAUGCUCAAACGAAAUCAUUCAUUAAGAGAACUUUGGAUGCAGAAUUGUAAUUUAUCUGAUAAUAUCAAACAAAGUUUACGACAAAUUAUCAGAUCAAAAUAUGAUUUUCGUUUAGAACUAUAA